AUGGAGACAGGAAACGAGACAUUGAACACAGACUUCAUUCUCCUAGGCCUUUUCCCUGGGAUGAGACAUAUCAGCAUCCUUGUCUCCAUUAUACUCCUGAUUUAUACUAUUGCCGUCACAGGAAAUGCCACCCUGAUCUUCCUCAUCUGGGAAGAUCCCCGUCUCCACACCUCCAUGUAUUUCCUGCUUAGUCAACUCUCACUCAUUGACUUGGCUUUCAUCUCUAGCACAGUCCCAAAAAUGGCUGUCAACUUUUUCUCAGGAAACAAGAAAAUCUCCUUGAUCGGCUGUGGUACCCAGAUCUUCUUCACGUUGACGCUGGGUAUUGCUGAGUGUCUGCUUCUUACCCUCAUGGCUUAUGAUCGCUAUGUGGCCAUAUGUCACCCUCUGAAAUACCCAAUCAUUAUAAAUUAUCGAGUCUCCCAGCAGAUGGCCAUUGGGUCCUGGUUGGGUGGGGCUCUGGCAUCAUUGGCCCACACAGCCUACUCAAUGCACUUUCCUCUCUGUGGCCACCGGGAGCUCCACCAUUUCUUCUGUGAGGUCAAGGCUAUCUUAAAGCUAUCCUGUGAGGAUAUUUCUGCCUAUGAGAAAGGAGUGGUAGUGACAAGCAUUGUUGUGGUUCUUCUCCCUGUAAGUCUCAUUUUGACCUCCUAUACACUGAUUUUCCUUGCAGUACUUAGAAUGAAUUCACCAGAGGGGAGGAACAAAGCCCUAGCCACCUGCUCUUCCCAUUUGACUGUGGUCACCUUUUAUUAUGGUCCCGCCAUGCUGAUAUACAUGAGACCUGGAUCCUCCCACACUCCCAUCCUGAAUCAAGCCCUCUUUAUGUUUGACACCAUCCUCACUCCCAUGCUGAAUCCUCUUAUUUACAGUCUGAGGAACAAAGAAGUGCUGGGUGCAUUGAGGAAGGUGCUAGGAAAAUGUGCCCUGUUAAAAUAG